UUGAAAUCAGAUCCGUCUCUGAAGAGCGAAAGAGAGAGCAGAAGCAAAUGGAGAAGAUUUGCGUCGCCGUCAGAGUUAGACCGCCGGUGGCUUCGCCGGAAGAGAGUUCUUCCUCCAAUGGAGCUUUUUGGAAGGUCGGAGACAAUCGCAUCUCUCUUCACAAGUCUCUCGGCACUCCCAUCUCCGGCGUUUCCUUCGCUUUCGAUUACGUUUUUGACCAUGACUGCACAAAUCAAAGGGUUUACGAGCUUCUCACCCAGAACAUCAUCCAUGCCGCUGUUGAGGGUUUCAAUGGAACUGCAUUUGCGUAUGGGCAGACCAGCAGUGGCAAGACUUUUACAAUGAAUGGUUCUGAAAAUGACCCAGGAAUUAUUCACAGGGCUGUGAAAGAUAUAUUCUCAAAAAUCCAAAUGAUAAUAGACCGGGAGUUUCUCAUCCGAGUUUCCUACAUGGAAAUUUAUAAUGAAGAAAUUAAUGAUCUUUUUGCUGUACAGAACCAGAGACUGCAAAUUCAUGAGAGUUUGGAGCGUGGAAUUUUUGUUGCAGGCCUUAGGGAGGAGAUUGUCAGUAGUGCUGAACAAGUGCUUAAGCUCAUCCAAGCUGGAGAAGUUAAUCGGCACUUUGGUGAGACAAAUAUGAACAUCCGAAGUAGUAGAUCGCACACCAUAUUCAGGAUGGUAAUUGAAAGUAAGGGAAAGAAGACUGGUUCUGAAGACAAUCCUAGUUUAGAUGAUGCAAUUCGGGUUUCUGUGUUGAAUUUGGUUGAUUUAGCUGGCUCUGAAAGGAUUGCUAAAACUGGUGCUGAUGGAGUUCGUUUGAAGGAAGGAAAAUACAUUAAUAAGAGCUUAAUGGUUCUUGGAAAUGUGAUUAACAAACUAAGUGAUGGUGCAAAGCAAAGGGGACACAUUCCUUAUCGAGAUAGCAAACUCACUCGCAUACUUCAGCCUGCACUUGGUGGUAAUGCUAAAACGUCUAUAAUUUGCACUGUUGCACCUGAAGAGGUUCACAUAGAGGAAACAAAAGGAACACUCCAAUUUGCUAGUAGAGCUAAGAGAAUAACCAAUUGUGUUCAAGUCAAUGAGAUUUUGACGGAUGCAGCCUUACUGAAGCGACAAAAAAUAGAGAUAGAGGAACUUCGUAAUAAACUUCAGGGAUCAAGGACUGAGGUGCUGGAGCAAGAGAUCCUGAAACUGCGGAAUGACAUGCUCAAGUAUGAACUAGAGCGAGAGAAGCUUGCCAUGGAGCUGGAGGAGGAGAGAAAAUCACACAAAGAACGAGAUCAAUGCAUUAGGGAGCAACAAAUGAAAAUUGACAAUCUCAAUAGUCUCGUGACCUUUUCAGACUCUGGUAGAAACUCUGGCCAGGACCAUGAAUUUGCGAAGCACAGCCUCAAAGAAGAGAGCAGUGAUAGUCAUAGCAUAUGCCAGGAAGAUGGUUUUAGAACCCCUUGUUUUAAGGCAGCUCCAAAUGCCUUUGUUGUGAAACGAUCAAAUUAUUCUAUGCAGCCUGAGUAUAGUCCUUUCCCAGAUACACUUAGCAAUGUUGCUGAUGAAGACACAUGGUUGAAAAUGAACAGAGGCUAUGUAGCAGACCUUGAUUCACUUCAGAUGACUCCUGCAAGAAAAGUUCAAUCCUUUCCCCCUGGUGAUGUCACUCCUGUUUGCUCUAUUGAAAACUGCAAGGAAGAGAUACAAAAUCUUAAAAGACAAUUGGAGGUUGCUAUGAAAGAAAAAGAUGAUCUCGAGAGAAAUCACAAGGAACAAAUACUGCUGAACAAUCAGUUAAUGGGGGAGGUCUCUGAACUUCAACAAGAGGCUCUACUUAUCCAAGAAAUUCCUCGACAACUUCUUCAGUCUGUUGCGAAUUGUAGAGAUAUAUAUAAGGAUGUGUUGUCAAAUAUGCAGAGUUUUGUAAUUGAUGAGAAAUCUUCCACCUCAAAGUUACUCUCAAACACAUACGAGAUUGGGUCAAGUCUUUUCUCUACUUUAGAGACGCAUUUGUCAAUGGCUGUAGACGGCCAGAUCUCCAGGGACAAUAAUGCUCUUACUCAAGAACACGGCAAAAUGCUGCGUGAGAAGAUGAAGAACAUGGUUAUGUCCUUGGUAUUGCCAGAGUCACAGGUGAAUUACAAUACACAGCCAAGGAAUCUAUUAUGCAGCUGGGAAUACAAGGGCUGCACUUUGGGAGGGGAAAUUGCUCGUUUGAAAGAAAAGCUGGGUAAUGAUCUCAGUAAAAUCAUGGAAAAAUAUAAGAGCUUGGAGAAAGAGUUGAAUACCACUACUCGUCUUCUUGAGGCAUCCAAGGGAAGGUAUCAUGGCCUAGAAAGGGAAUUCCACCAAGUGCAAGAAGAACGAGACUCUUUGCUCCAAACAGUUUCCAGUUCAUCUCAAAGACUUGCACAAGCUAUUGAACAGGAGAAGGUUUCCCAGGAAUUAAACAUUGAAGCAUGUAGAAGGAAGGUUCUUGAAGAAGAGAUCAAACAAUUUGGCAUUGCUUUUGUAUGCCGACAGAACUCACUCACAUCUUUCUGCAGUGAAUUGAAAUCUAAGCUUGACCAUUUCAGGGCACAAAAUCCAGUUUCCCUACCCAAAUCUCUUGGGCAUUGAUUAAAUUUGUUGUGUUCCUAUGUAAUGAAAUCCAAUAACUUGAUUAACUUAUGGUUUUGUUAAUUAAUCCUCACUGCCCUGUAUUUAUGUGGAUCUACUCCUGGUCCAGACAUUGUCUUAGCACCUUUAUAUUGUUAGCACUUGAGGUCAUCUUGCUUUA